AGUUCAUAAUAAACACUUGGCACGAAUGCAAGCGUAAAAAAGAAGUUUUGUGAGAGUGCAAAAAAUUCUUGGCAAGCAUUAAAAAAUAAAACAAGAAAAGAAAUUAGUUGCAUUGCAGAGGAGACCAGGAAAUAAAGGAGAAAAAGAGUUUAUUGACUAGAUUUAAUGAGUGUGUCGUGAAUAGCUUUUUUAGAAGUACAGUUAGAUAAUAAUGCCUUACGUUGUUCAAAAAUCUUCAUGCGAAGUGGCUGUGUUCCUUAUUGGAAUAUGCCUAUUCAUAUUCUUUGCCGGCUUUGCUGUUUACAUCUAUUUCCAUUACAGCAGUCGAAGUACAUAUGAAAAAUCAAUCAUUGAUGCACUAUUAAGAACGGAAGAUGACGUCACAAUUAGAAGACUCAUCAGAACAUGAUGCCUAAGCAUGAUCAAAAUUAGUGAAAUUCCUUCAUGCAUUUCAAAUUUUUUUAAAUCAAAAUUAAACUUCAUUUUCUCAAUAAUGACGCCUGUCAAUCGCAGACUACAUACAACACAUGUCGCAGCAAAAAAUUUUUUUGUUUUCAAUUUCUGGAUUCAUAAAAAAAGUGUAGAUAAGAAAAACCUUAAAAGAAGUGUGAAUCAUGAAGAAAUUUAUAAACAAUGAACAAUCAGGAACAAUCAU